AUGUAUACGACAUUCUAUUGUGUAUCUCAUGUCUGUUACACUUCACUGAUAGGAUAUUUGAUCAAUCAGUUCUCGCUGCUGGCUCUCGAUUCGAAUAGAGUGUGGCGAUUUGCGAUUUACGAUGAAAUCAGACAUCGAUUGAAAACGCUCCGUUUGAGGCUCGAAGAAGGGAACACGAGUUAUUACUUGUACGUGGAGAAUAAGAAGAGUGUAAAAGAGAAUAAGAUAAGGUUCUGUUUGCAAUUGUAUGGAAAUAUCGCGGAUACAAUAGACAUAAUGAUACCAGAGUUGCAUGCUUCGCUCUUCGUCAGCAUAUUCUGCGGCGUACCAAAACUAAUCAUCAACGUGUAUCACGUGCUUUUGAUCAUUGAAAAAGAUUUGCCCUACGAAACACUCGGGUUCAUGCUGAUACAUAUAUUUCAAAUAUCUUUAUUCAUAUUUUCACCGUGCGUGGUGGCUGAACUUUAUUUCUACGAAGUGGAGAAUAUAAGGAGAAUUUUGAUACACAGAUUGAUUCGGGAAGAAGAUGAAAAAAUUAUCAACGACAUACAACUCUUCCUCCAUUACACCCGGAUAAGGGACUUCCGAUACAAGAUCUGGCGGAUGAUCCCGGUCAACUUGUCGUUUCCACUUGAAUUUAUCAAUUUGUGCACCACAUACGUCAUCGUUAUUGUCAAUUUUACCCAUUUGUAUGAUUGA